CAAGUGCGACAUUUGAUUGGCUUUCGUUUGGCGGCUCCGCCCCCUCCACUGCCGCACCGCCAAUCGCUGGCCGCCAAACGCGCGCGAAGGGCAACAGUCGCCGUCACCUCUCGAGACCUCAAAGACGACAAAGACUUGGAGUUCGAAGUGAUUCGAAAGGAAUUGGAAAUUGAAAGACAAAGAGAAGAGACGACGGAAGAGGCGACGGAAGGGACGACAGACACGACGACGACGACAGGCGUGAGCACGUCGAUCGCUCGCAAAGCCGAUUGGCUGUUGGGCAGUCGGGGCGUUGCCUCCGCGGUGCCGAACGGCCGCCCUCGGCCGAAAGUGGAGAUCGUUGAGCGCGCGCUGGAGUUGGAGUCGAAGAUUAAUGCGGAGAAGAAGCCGUUUUGUGGGCAAUUGUCGCGCGUGGGAAGGAUUGCCGAAAACGACUGGAAUUUCAAGCCGUGGAACGAGAACUCGCUUUUCGAACCCAAAGUGACGCCGAAAUCGCCGAAAGCCGUUUCGCGCGCGAUCCUCGAGUCGCGAAAAACGCAAAUCGAGAGCAAACUGAAGGACGACUCGAAGGCGACGACAAUGACGACGACGACAGACAAGAGGAGCAACGAAUGGAUCGCCAAAAUGCGCGAAGAGUUGUCCCAGCGUAUGGCGCCCGAUCUCCACGCCCACAAGCGCGAGACGCGCGCCCCGUCACCACCGCCGCCCGCCGUCCCAACGAUGACUGUGUCGCGCGAGUGCGUGCGUUGCGGACUGGAGGUGACGGGCGUGGAACGGAUUUCCGUCUCCGGUCACGUUUUGCACCGGGUGGACUUCCGCGAGAGGAUUGAGUUCCAGAACGCGUCGGCGCAAGAGAUCCAAGUCGUGAACAAGACUGCGCUCAACGCCGACGACGAGAAGCGCGACACCGAAGACGACGACUCGGCGACCGAUGAGUUGGCGUUCGGUUUGAGUCAAAGCGACGACAAUUCCAGCGAAUGUGAUAUCGAUUCGACGACUACUGAAGACAGCGACGACUGGGAAACGCAAACGGACGACGAGAGCGACGACGCCGUCGACGCCAAUGUGGACGUCAAGCGGACGACGAGUGGCGACACGACGACGACGAAGACGACAACCGCCGCCAAGACGACAGCGAUUCCGUCGAUUUGCGUGACGCGCGAGACCGACAAUAAGCCGGCGCUCAAUAACAACAACGACGACAAACGCGACGACAAGAGCGACGACGAGAACGACAACCGGCGCGAGAGAGCCGUCGAAGUGCGCUAUUUGGGCUCUUUUACCGAGAAAUUGUUUCGCUCGCGCUCUCAGCCUAUGAUUGCCUUCAAAAACAAACUGCGAUUUCGAAGCGACGCGAAGGCGACGGACGACGACACGGAAGACGACGACUCGACGCUUCCGUUCGCGGACUUCGGACUCAACGACGACGCCUUCGGACAACACUUCUCGCCGGUGCGCGCUCUCAAGGCGCCAAUCAUUGACUUCAACGACAUUUAAAUAAAUAGAGAUUUUAUAAUAAAAAACUUAUUUUGAGUUUUGUUUCAAUAA